AUGAUGCAAUUGCAAAGAUUGGUGGAGUUGCUUUUCCCGAAUCUCCAGGGUUCUAAUUUACUAUUGACGGCACAAAACCAGCUAUUGGUGCCGAUAGAGCAAUUACAGAAGGUACAAGAGCCAUCGUCGGAUCAUGAAGUUCGUUUUACAUCGAGGUUAAUAGAAACUCAAUUGCUGAUCGAGCAAAUACAAGCUAAGGAGUUGCAGUCGUCAUCAAAACCAGUUCAACAUGGUCAACAACAAGUGUUGGAAUCCUAUCAGUUUCAUCAACACUCAGAGGCGUUCCGUGAGUGGGUAAUGCCGUUUGAUCAAAACUCGGUGCCAUUUAAUGAGUUCCAAGGACAGAUGUUACAGUUUCAAAGACAGAUGGCCGACGAGAGAUGUGAGUCUUGGCCAGGAGUCUUGAUGGAUUUUUAUGAUUAUGGCUGA